CGUGACAAACAGGCGCUAUUUGGAACGCCUGGCAAACUUCGUGGCGCGAUAAAAAUUCAAUCAGCUGACGAAAAAUUCUUCCACUUUGCCGCCGCGUCACUUACCACUGACCAAUCAGCGCUCGUCAAUGGAGGAGGAGCGGGCCGUUUUGAUUGGCGUGGUCACUUCAUGGGGGGUCGUGUUGUUCGCGCAAGGCUAUUGCAUAUCUCAAGCAUGCAUGGCGGCAUGCUACAAGGCUCCGAGGCCACUGAAAUUCCCCUUCUUGGAGACUUUUGGACGCUUGCAUGAAGAAACAAAACUGUUUCGUCUUUGAGAGGAAACUAUCUACUUUCAAGGAAAAUCGUUCGCGGAGUCGUGAUCGUUUUAGGGAAUUGGAAAAGUGCUAUGAUUUCGAUUGUCGUUCUGCGUUUCUAGCUUCUUGACUGCGUUCGACCUGACGCGUUACCGAAUUGCAAAGGUGGAGCAUAUCUGUUCUGGAAAGUGUGGUGGAUUGCUUUGGAUCGAAUUAACGACAAAAAACUUUUGGAAUCAAAGCAGUGUUUGCAGGACUCGAGGUGAAAAGCUAUGUCUGGACGAACUAAACGAGGCCCCGGCAGACCAAGAGUGACGGAAACUGUAUCCCUGAGUCCAUACCCAAGUUCUCCGUUAACACCAGAUUCUGAAGAGGGAUUCAUAAUGAAUAUAAGGGAAGAGGGUAGAUCCACAAGGGUGCGAAACAGACCAAAGCCUCAGCCUGCAAAGAAGACAAGAGUCAAUGCUCAGAGUAAGUUGAAAUCUCCUAUCAAGGCUUCCCCAAUUGGUUCCUGCACUGAAAGUAAUCGUGAGAACCAUGAUAUAAGUACAGAUCAUGAAAAUUUGAUGGAGAUCUCGCCCUACUCUAUGCCUCUGGAUGGGUCAGGCCAAUUGUUGUAUGACAACUUGACAUCUGACGGCUUUGGAGUAACAAAGAGACCAUUGACAGACCCAGAGGAUGAAUUGGCAAGGAACAAAGUUUGUUCAUUCUGCAAUUGUGGUGUGGAAAAACGUAUGUUUCAUGGCAAACUCCAGAGAUAUGCACCAACACCUGGAUUCGACCCUGUCAAGAAGCUCCAAAACAGACACAGACAGAAUAGUGGCUGCGACCCUUUUAGAGACAGACUAGACUUAGAUCCUUGUGAUUCUGGACAGUUUAUUGAAGAUCACCCAGAGCCUCAGCCUGUUGUAACUCGCCGUGGACCUGGCAGACCACCUGGGCGUGGCCGGCGGAAGGGAAUAGUUGUUGUGGGUUUACCUUUGAGAACUGGUAACCAUGACCUGACGGUUGACAAGACAACAUACGGAACUGUGAAAGAGAAGGAGCUGAGUGAUGUAUUUGAGGAUGAUGGUUUCACAUGGGCUCAUCACUGUUGUGCAGCUUGGUCAGAAGGAGUUAGCCAAACUGAUUCUUAUGACUUGAUCAAUGUUGAUAAGGCUGUUGUCAAGGCUUUGUCAGAGCGAUGUAAUCAUUGCAAUCGAUUUGGUGCAAGCGUUGUUUGUCAGAUUCCACGGUGUGGGAAAACCUAUCAUUAUCCCUGUGCAGCAAGCAGUGGUUCUUUUCAGGAUAUUAAAUCUAUGACCAUGUUGUGCCCAGAUCAUUUGGAAGAUGCAGGACGUCUUGCGGCCAGUGAAGCAGAGUGUGUCCUCUGUGGGGAAGCUAAAGAUUUUGGUGAACAGAUAUUCUGCACUAGUUGUGGCCGUCACUAUCAUGGUCGCUGCUUGGAGCCAUCUGUUGAUUUGACUUCACUUAUCAGAAUGGGCUGGCAGUGUCCAGACUGUAAAGUGUGUCAGGGUUGCAGGUUGGUAUUGAUUAGAAUAAUAUUGAUUUUUUCUAACAUGAUGGAAGCGAGAGACUGAAUAGUUUUAAGUAGUCAUAGUUAUGAUGACAGAUUCUUGCAGUGCAGAUUUCCCAAUAACUCUUAUUGGGCUUCACAUAGUCCUACUGCUGUUAGUUUGUUGUAUGUAUGGUGCUAGUACCCCUCUUUCCUUUUUCUGAUUACAGAAGCAGUAUCUUAAUAUGUAAAAACUAGAUGCUCUAAAGUGUUUACUCAGGCUUUGUACCACAGUAUCAAAUCGUACUUUACAAAAACGUGUAUUGGACACAAUAAAAGCAAAUUAAAGAAUCAGGAUAUUUUAGCACAAGAGUUCUGCUUAGAUAUUUACUAUUGAAGUUGCUUCGUUGAGUAUCCUCCUCAUCCUAUCGCAAGUUGUGGGUUUAAACCAUUUUGGUUCAAGAAUGAAGCACAACUGCCUUCGCACUGAUGGAGAAGUUGUUUGCAUAGAAUUUUCGAGGUCUUUUUACAACUUAUGGUGAUUACUUUGUACAUG